GGUUAGGAGGACAAACAGUCCAUGGAUGUGUUCAUGUGAGCGUAAACGUCAAGAUGCAGCCAGCGAAACAACGACAAAUGAACUUGGGGUAUGUAGGCAAGGAUGGAUCCUGUUCAAAUAAACAAAAAUUGUUAAUCGUCCAAGUGUCACACCGAAGCGUAACCGUACGAGGCUCAACUUCUGGUCAAACAUUGCAGGCAUUGUGAAGUUGGUGUACACGCUGAAUUUGCGAGACAAACACCUUGUCCACCUUAAAAAAACACUAUUCUGGUUGAUGUUUGAAGCAAUUUUGAUAAAUCAACUUGACCACGUAGAGUUCCGCAAAGGGGACGACCUAGUGGUAAAUAUCAUCCGGGCAUACAAUGCACGGGAUGGGACGUUUCGCGCAGGCGGACAAAGCGUGUGCGUAAGCGAUGAUGACAUCAAGUUAAUAUUUGGGAUCCAAUGUGGUUUUGGUUGCCUUGAUUUGACCCCUCGACCUAAGCCACCGUCCGACUUUGUACAACGUAGGUGUCGUAACAUUAAUCACAUAACCUCGAAACUGAUAUGGACCCUACUAGUCGAAGCUGCGAAGGGCAGUACUGCUCGUGAUGUGGAAGACACCGCAGAGCUGCUAUGCUUAUAUGCUUGUGGGAAAUUAUUCUUCUCAAAUUUUGAGGAAACAAUCAACUGGGCGCUAAUCCGAUAUGUGGAUAAUUUGGAUGCAAUGAAAACGUACGAUUGGACAGGUGCAAUCCGUAGCUCGUUGAUGAGUUCGGUGAGGGACUUCUAUCGAACACCUGAAAAAGUAACCGGAUAUGUCGUCGCAUUGAUGUAUUGGCUGUGUGAACAUUCAACGAUCAUAUUGCUCGUAUCCGCAACCGCGUUUCCCAGGUUUCUUAAGUGGGAUGUUACCACGUUAGUAACAGCUGCACAUGUGGUCAAUCUAUCAGGGCAUGUAGAUUUUGAGGUGACAGCUGGACGAUUGAUUACAAAAGAUCAUGAGGUUAAGAUUUUGGAGGUAGAUGGGGUAAACUGUGCUAGGAGUGCGGGAAAUGCAGUGGAGGAAUUCUAUGGUAGUGUACAUGAGGAUAAUUUUGUUGAUAUGGGUAUGGAAGGUAAUGUGACGGGUGGUGACGGUGGAAUUAUGUUAGAAAUGUAGAACAUGGUUCAGCGUCGGUCCAUAUUAAGACACCAAACAGGACUAUUACACGAAACGCAAGAAAGCACACACUGGACGUUCGGCCACACAUUUGCCAUGCUAUAGAGAAA